GCCUUUCCUGACCUUUGAGGUGGUGUCCCUGGUGCCCUACGACCGCAACCUCAUCGAUCUCAGCCUCCUGUCACCGGAACAGCGGUGCCGGUGCUUCGGUUCGUGCCGCGCCAGGCUCUGCCCCGACACCCUACCCGUGGCAUCAUGCUGCGCCGCAAACCCUCCAACGCCGGGGACAAGGAGCCGGGACACAGGAAGCUCUCCCUCCAGCGCUCCAGCAGCUUCAAAGACUUUGCCAAGGCCAAGGUCAGCUCCCCUGGGCCGACCGAGAAGGAGUUCAACCUGGAGGAGAACAUCCCCGAGGACGAGUCCAGCAGUGCCCCCCCCGAGGAGGCCAGGCAGGGCAGCAGCAGCGGGAUGAAGCUGAGCAAGAAGUGGCGAGCGGUCAUCUCCCGCACCAUGAACCGCAAGAUGGGCAGGGCGGCCGUGAAGGCCCUGGCUGAGGGGAAGGUAGAGUUGGAGGAGGAAGAGUCCCCAUGCCCCCCGUCCCCGUGUGGCAGCGUUGAGGAGCCAAGCCACGAGAAGGUGCCGCUGUCUUACCUGGAGAUGGAGGGAGGUGGACACCCACCCGUCAGCCGCCAGCUGUCCAGCGGCAGCGAGGUGCCCAGCCCCGGCCCGGAGAGCAGCCCAGCCUACAGCGGCCCCUUCUGCGGCCGCGCCCGCGUCCACACCGACUUCACCCCCAGCCCCUACGACAGGGACUCGCUGAAGCUGCGGAAAGGAGACAUCAUUGGCAUCAUCGAGAAGCCGCCUGUGGGCACCUGGACCGGGCUGCUCAACAACAGGGUGGGCUCCUUCAAGUUCAUCUACGUGGACGUCAUCCCCGAGGAGGCAGCCCCUGCUCGCAAGAGCCGGGGCUCUGGCAAGAGCAAGAGGCUCAAGCCCAAGACCCUCCACGAGCUGCUGGAGCGCAUCAACCUGCAGGAGCACACCUCCACCCUGCUGCUCAACGGCUAUCAGACCCUGGAGGACUUCAAGGAGCUGCGGGAGACCCACCUCAGUGAGCUGAACAUCACAGACCCCCAGCACCGUGCCAAGCUGCUCACGGCUGCUGAGCUCCUCCUGGACUACGACAGUAAGAGUGGAGGGUGGUCAGUGGGGGAUCCACUAUGCUGCCCACGGCCCCCACUGCCCACUCAUGCCCUGUGCUAUCUCUUCCAGCAGCCAGCGAGCCCGAGGAAGGUGCCAGCUCUGAAGCACAGCCUUCACCCUCGGAGCCCAGAGGGGACAUCCCCCGGGACUCAGGCUGCUUCGAGGGGUCUGAGACCCUUGAUGGCAGCCGGGAUGAAGCUGAGCUGGGGGUUCUCGAGGGGCAGCUGCAGGCUCUCUCCCUGGCAGAGUCUUCCUGAGCUCACCCUGCCUGCUGGCACAGCUGCUGCCUGCUCCAGCCCUGGUAGAGGCUCUGGCCUGGAGGUGACAGCUGCUUGUGGGGUGAACAGAUGAAGCCCAGGAUCCCAUGUCCCCAGCACCUGUGGCUGCAGCCAGCCAGCCCUCAACCCCAUGAGGCUGCCCCAUUGAUUGCUCUCAGGACACCCUAUGCUGUUUCACGGGGUACUACCUUCCCCACUGAGAUACCACAGGUUGGGGUUGUGAGUCCUGGGCUCACCCCACUUCAUCCACAGCUUUAGGAGAGUCUCCUGGAACUCUGGUCCACUGGGCUGAGGACAGCGAGGUCCUUGUCAGGGUGGGAUGGGGCAAGCCUAGCACUCAGCAGCUGGGUGCAAGAGUGAAGAGGUCCCCCCCAAGCCCAGUUCAUGGCCAUCCAGAGGACAUAAUCACAUAACUGUCUUCCUUCAGCAACUUCCUCACAGCCAAGGAAAGGUUUGCUGGGCAGUGUGGGUGGUGGGGGGAGAGGUUCAGCUGAGCUGAGCAGCCCAACACAGGCACCAUGAGCCCCCUCCCUUGCUCAAGAGAAGCCCAAAAGGUUGCCCACAACUUGCCACCAAGCCUGGUGCAGGGAGGGCUACAAGACUGCAGAGUGGUGGGGUGAGGACAGCCCCUUCCAGCCUGCCAGACCCCUCCUCCAGCCACCCCUGGGGACGGGGCAGGUGGCUGCAGCCCAGCCAGACCAUCUCUGGUGGGGCAGGAGCAGGGAAGGGAUCCGUGAGGAAGCUGGAGGCAGCCAGGAAUAGAGAGAACAGCUGGUGCCCAGCCAGGGGUACCUGCCCCAGCCUGCUCCUGCCCAGCAUUACCAGCUCCAGCCCCAGUGCUGCCACAGCAUCGACCUCCAGGCACCCAGGUGGGUCCUUCCUGCUCCUUCCCAAUAAAGUAUGUGACUCCAUCUGGCUCUAGCCUCCAGCCCACUGCCAAGGGCUCCUGGAGGGUUCUGGGGGGGGAGCAGGGGCCGCAGGUAGUAGAGUGGUGGCCAGGCUGCAAGGGCCAAUGCCGCCCAGGGUGCAGGUGACAGGGUGAUAGCAGGGGUGCAUGUAACACAAUCCCAUCCAGGAUGCUGUAUCCACCAUGGGUGGACAGUGGGACACUGAGAAGACACUCUGGAAGUGGGAGCUGCUGAGGCUGGGAAGACCCAGGGCAAGGGAAGGGGGAAGGCAGCUGAGCUGGGGAGGCACAGAGAGAGGCAGGGACACAGCUCAGUCAUUUUCCAAACCAAUUUGAGUUUCCUUCAUUGUUUGAAAAUUAAAAAAAAGAAAAAAAGGAAAAAAAAGGAGGAAAAAAAACCCCAAACCAGAACUGCAGAAAGCCCAACCCUUGCCCUGCCCCCACUUCCUCCACAGCCCAACCUGAGCCCAGCAGAGAGGAACCGCAGGCAGAAACCAGCCCUUGACACCCACCCGAGGACCCCAACCCCACCUGCUCACUGGGGCUGGGGAUGGCUGGCACUGGGGUGGGGGUCUCAGACUACCUUGGGAGGGGUCUCUGUGGGGCCAGGCACAGCAGAACCCCAGGGCUAGUGGUCCUGGGACCUCCCUGUCCUGGGCUGAGCUGGCUGCAGGGUGGCAGUGGGGAGCCAGGUCAGCCAGAGCCCAAGGUGGCAGCAAUGAGAACGGAGAGCAUGGUGCUACAGGAGAGGGGGCAGCACCAGUUGCCAUGUUAAUGCCACAUUAGUGUCAUGUCACCUGCUGCCAGGCGCAGCACAGGUCACCACUUG